UAUAGAACAGAAACGAUGUGUGUGCAACACUUCUUCAUGGGAUAGAGAUCGGAUUGGUGCAAUCGGAGAGGAGAAAGUGAUGGACCAAUGACCAAACAUGCAACGCAACAUGGACUAGUUAGCCAAUCAAAUAAUAUACCUCCUUCCCCUUCAACCCCCUAACUACGUUGUUUAAUUUGUUUAAUACUCCAUUCUUCUUCCUCGCCGAGACAAGUUAGCUUAAUUAGCUAUGGGAUCGACGUCGGUCUCCACCGGAUCAGGAAGGCAUACAAAGACAUGCCCUCGUGGGCACUGGCGGCCCGGCGAGGAUGAGAAGCUACGACAACUUGUGGAGGAGGUUGGCCCGCAGAACUGGAACUCGAUCGCUGAGAAACUCAAGGGACGAUCAGGUAAGAGCUGUAGACUGAGGUGGUUUAACCAACUUGACCCGAGGAUCAACAAGCGGCCCUUCACGGAAGAGGAGGAAGAGCGGCUGGUGGGGGCUCAGCGCGUGCACGGCAACAAGUGGGCGCUCAUAGCGCGACUCUUCCCUGGGAGGACCGACAACGCCGUCAAGAACCAUUGGCAUGUCAUCAUGGCCCGUUGCCACCGUGACAAGGCGAAGAUUUUCAGGCGGAGAACCGGCCGCCACGACCAGAGUCAUCUUGGCGCCACUGCCAACUGCCUCCUCCUCACUUCCAUUUCGGCGCCGAGGGAAGCAGACAUCAACUUUAGCACAACUUCGUCGUUGUCGAAUUCUUGUUUUACGGGACUUUCGAGAACUCUUCCCGGUCCCAGAAUUCAUUUUCUACAACCAAAUGCAUAUGGAAACACUCGGCUCCACGACAUCAAGGGAAGUGCUCGUUUUGAUUCACACGGAUUCGACUCCGAGUUCGAUGGUAAACUGAUAAAUGGGUGCGGAAUGGAUGCAGGCGAUGGGUCGGCUGGUCGAAGAUUUGAGCAAAAUGAGGAAAAUCAUCUAAGAAAAAGCGUUCCCUUUAUAGACUUUUUGGGGAUCGGAGUGAUAGAGUAGUUUUUGAUCAACUCCAUGCAAAGGUUAUGAAUUCUUCAAUAUUUUGGGCGUUGCUUUGUUUUAAAUGGAGUCUACAAGUAACGAAAAGUCCCAAUACAAUUCAUGGCAAAUUUAAACUAGCUAGUUUUGACGUGCACAA